AUGUUUUUGGAUCACAAAAAUUUGAGAAAGACUCUGCAGUCCUUCGACAAAACUAAAGUUUUAAACUUAGUUUGCAACAGAAACCUUCACAGUGUCUGUUCCAUCUUCAUUUUCACCCAGAUUCUCAAAAAAGAACUUUUCCAAUAUCAGAUUGAAUUUAGAAAUAUGGAAAGCUCCAUAAAUUUCUGUUUUGAGCACAAUGGCGAGGAAUUCUGCCUGUCAAACGAGCAAGAACCAUGCAUGCCAUGCUACUGCGCGCAAAAGAAUACUGUUGGCGUGGACAUUCUUUAUAGUGUGAUAAAGUCCAUGAAUAUUUUGAAAAUCGAAACACUCUGGCCAAUUGCAAUAUGCUUUUCGUACUACAAGGUGUUUGCGAACCAAAGCAUUUACAGUUCUUUUGGUGUUGCAUGCGAGAGUGCCAACCUGGAGAAUAUUAAAAAUACUCUACAAGGGCCAUUAGCCAAAGACAGGAUAAUAAACAGUGGACUAGCAGAUGUAAAUGUGGCAUUAAAGGAUUCAACAUGUGAAAAGUGCUGGGAAAUGUAUAACAGCAUUGUGUUUUCAAUCAAAGUGCUUAACUGCAGGUCGGAUGGUGUUUUUUUUGUUAAGCGAAAUAGAUUGGAGUUUCUGCUGGGAUCAUCACUUUUUCAGUGUAUUAAAUCGGAUCUAAGAUUCAUCCAUGAAAAGAAGCUUUUUCAUCCAAAAAGCGCCAGUUCAGAUCGGAAAAUAGGAGAGUUUCUGGCAAAGCGUGGAAUAUCAAUCAGCGCAGCCAACGAGGCCUAUCUUGGUCUCGAUUCGCAGGUUAAAGAUCUUUGUGCAACGUCCUUUGGAGAAUAUGAAAAGUUUGUGUUUAAGCUGGGGACAUGA